UGCGAACCGCUUUAAUAUUUUCACUGGCAAAAUACCGUUUCGCCCAAGCGCCAAAACUGUUAAGAGAAAAAAGAGAUAAAAACCACACAGCCGCUCUGGCCCUCUCUCAUAAUCUCAUUUCGUUUUUCAAAUUUCUAAGUUCCUUUCGGCUCUCAAAUGGGUCCCGUCAGUCUGUGCCCGAAAGAGUCCCAGAAGGUUUACCAGGAAUGGUUCAACUUGGUUGAUUCAGAUGGAGAUGGUCGCAUUACCGGUAACGAAGCCACUAAGUUCUUCGCUCUGUCUAAGCUUUCUCGACAAGAACUCAAGCAGGUUUGGGCCAUUGCUGACAAUAAGCGACAGGGAUUUUUAGGUUUUACAGAGUUCAUUACUGCAAUGCAGCUGAUUUCCUUGGCGCAAGAACAUGAACUAACCCCAGACAUCCUCAAAACUGAAGUUGACUGGGAAAACAUUAAUCCUCCACUUAUGGAAGGUUUAGAUGCUCUGUCAGCCAAAACCAAGAGUUCAACGACGAAUGGACUUGAAGUAAAUGGAAGCAUUCAAUCUCAACCACCAGCUCAGUGGUUUGGUUCAAAAUCAGUGAAGAAGCUACCUCUUAUUGCUGUUACAUCUAUAACUGAUGGUUUGAAGAGAUUGUACAACGAAAAACUAAAGCCAUUGGAACUUACUUAUCGCUUCAAUGACUUUGUAUCUCCAUCAUUGACUAAUAGUGAUUUUGAUGCUAAGCCUAUGGUCAUGCUUUUGGGACAAUAUUCAACUGGAAAAACAACAUUUAUCAAACAUUUGCUAGGAUGUAACUAUCCAGGAGCUCAUAUUGGUCCAGAACCUACAACUGAUAGAUUUGUUGCUGUGAUGUCUGGACCUGAUGAGAGGAGUAUUCCUGGAAAUACAAUAGCCGUUCAUGCAGACAUGCCUUUUAGUGGGUUAGCAACUUUUGGAGGUGCAUUUCUGUCAAAAUUUGAGUGUUCUCAAAUGCCACAUCCGUUGCUAGAUGAAAUUACAUUUGUUGAUACUCCUGGAGUUCUAUCGGGAGAAAAGCAACGAACACAAAGGAGUUAUGAUUUCACUGGUGCUAUAUCGUGGUUUGCUGCUAAAUGUGAUGUUAUUCUUCUUCUGUUCGACCCUCAUAAGCUUGAUAUCAGCGAUGAGUUUAAACGUGUAAUUACAUCUCUACGUGGUCAUGAUGACAAGAUUCGAGUGGUUCUAAACAAAGCAGAUCAAGUUGAUACUCAACAAUUGAUGAGAGUUUAUGGGGCAUUAAUGUGGUCACUUGGAAAAGUUUUGAAUACUCCGGAAGUUGUGCGUGUUUAUAUUGGAUCAUUUAAUGAUAAACCUGUCAAUGAAUCAUCUGUUGGCCCUAUGGGUAAAGAACUUUUCGAAAAAGAACAAGAUAAUCUGCUGGCAGAUUUGGUUGAUAUACCAAAGAAAGCUUGUGAUCGACGGAUCAAUGAAUUUGUUAAACGUGCUAGAGCUGCUACGACUCAUGCCUAUAUAAUUAGUCAUCUGAAAAAGGAGAUGCCUGCCAUGAUGGGCAAAGUUAAGACUCAACAACGACUGAUGGAUAAUCUUGAAGAUGAAUUUGCAAAGGUUCAGAAGGACUUCCAUUUACCAGAAGGAGACUUUCCAGAUGUGGAGCACUUUAGAGAGGUCUUGAAAGGUUACAACAUCGAUAAAUUUGAGAAAUUGAAGCCGAAAAUGAUUCAAGCUGUUGAUGAUAUGCUUGGCCGUGAAAUCCCAGAACUGUUGAAGAAUUUUAGAAAUCCUUAUGAUUAAAAUGUUGGUUUCUAGAUAUAUGGCAUGGCAUAUCAGACUAUAUUGUUUUAUAUUUGAUCAUCCAUCCAUUUUAUUGUUGGUUGAAUACCUUUUGAGAGUUGCAUUCCCAGAAGUUGGAAUGCAUCAUCAUCCAUGGGCAUGUAAGAUGUGAACAUGAUUUGGGUAUUUGGGCUUUCAUACUGAAAGCUAUGGCUUUUCUUAAGCUGUAUGUGGGAUGGUCUUGCUUAAAUUGAUGUUCCAUUUCUUUUCUCUUUU